GGCUGCCUGGAAGUACUUAACGAAACGAACACGGCCAACACACAUUUGGCGUUCCACUCUUUCCCCGGCCGCAGCCUGCUUCGCGCGGGACUACUAGCGGCGGCUCGGUCGACCUACCUGGCCUAGAACCUCAAAUUUCGAGACGCGUGUCAUAAUCCCAGAUGACGUCUGUCGUCCCCAAAGCUCUUUCCAUCAUCCGCAAGCAGACAUGGGAUUUCUGCUGCCGCCGGGUAUCAGCCGACGAUAUGCUGCUUUGGGAGCCAGUACCCUAGUCGUGAUAUGGCUCUGGGUGGCCUUUGGUCGUGUCUACCGAUUACCUGAACACAUUUCUUGGAAUGUCAAUUCGAAUCGGCCUCAAUAUGGGCAGUCAUCGCCCGUUCCUGACGCCUUCGACCUUGCGCCCAUCAACUCCGAGUCUAUCAAGAGCGUCUGCGGCGAUACUCGGUGGAAUGAAAGCUUGGUAUUCACAUGUGAUGAGUCCGUAGGUGGAAUAGGGAACAUUCGCAACUCCAUCUUGAACUGUGUACGAUACGCCAUCUCAGCAGGUGCGGGUCUCGUUGUGCCUAGUAUUGUCCUUCGGAAUUCCUCGGAUAUCUCAUAUAUACGGACUGGAGUGAAGACGGAUAUGUCCUUUAUGUUCGACACUCAGCACUUCAUCGAGUCGCUCCGCCUUUCUUGUCCUUCAAUGCCCAUUUACAAUUCAAUACCCAGUAUCCCCAACUACGAGAAAGCUCAUAAUCAUAUACCUCUCAUUCCCGAAAGUAUAGUCGGAUACGUUCCCAAGACAGGCCUGUCCCAGCCAGAAGAGUGGCGAUCCACGUUCUACAACUGGCUGCUGCAAUAUCAAGACACUCCUGAUACGACCCGUCCCACAAUCGUCGAACUGGGCAGAUCGUAUCUCCAAUACCCCAUCUACUCGGAUGGUGAAGGGUUCGCUCUAUCUUUUGGUGGAAUUCUGAAAAUACGCUCCGACGCUCGACGAUUGGCAACGAAAACUCUGACAAAUCUAGCAGAGACAUAUUCCUUCGACGCGGAUCUCAGCGCACCAUUUCUACCGAACUCGUUUUUUGGAGUCCAUCUUCGCACUGAAAAAGACGCAGCGGAAGGCUGGCCAGCCCCGGAUUGGGUUUACUCCCGGUACGACACCCAGUCAAAGCUCUACUUAGAGCAAGCCCCCCGAUCUAGCCCUGCGGUAAUCUAUGUUGCCUCGGGAGAUCUCAACGAAGUUGCCAAAUUUGCUUCGGACGCAGCAGCUCGCAACAUGUCCGUCACUACGAAAUUCGACCAUCUCAGUGGUCAAGACUUGGAGGACUUGACAAAUUUAGCGUGGGAUCAGCAAGCUCUCGUAGAUUUCUUGGUUAUGAUGAAGGGGGCGGAUUUUGCAGGAAUUGCCCAUUCCAGUUUUGCUUGGAAUAUUGCGUUAAAAAGGCAUCAAUAUGCCCAGAAGAAGGAUCAUUUAGAUGGCCCACAGAUGCUGAGUGAUGAGUUGAGUCAAAUGUAUGGCAUUCCGAGAGGAUAUCCAGAAUAUGCUGCCUGUUUGUGGCCGUAAUUAGAAAUGAAACUGUACUGAUUAAUCCCCUGUAUAUAUAAAGAAUACUGCUAUAACAUCCUCAAAUGAACCAACCACUCAUGGGGCCGGAUGUGGGCGGUGUCGAAACUUCGGCCAAAACAAGGGAAAGAUCAGAAAAGAAGGAGGGGUCACAUGCCGUGACAAGGGAAAAAUGUCGAAGCAAGAACUAUUUCAACCCUCAGCAAAGUAUCUA